AUUCAUAUAAUCAUAUAAAUCAUAAAGUCCAAUACAAUGCCUUCAUUGCUGCGCACAAUCGUUGCCGCUUUCGUGGUCCUUAUCUUUGUCCUUGAAGAUCAGCACAACCAAGUAUCAGCUCAGAAGCUUAAUAAAACCAUUUCCUCUGGCCAUAAUCUCAAUCUCCCAAAAGUCCAGCUAUCGGCUCAGGAUCAAGUCCAGGUCCAGCCUUACUCCGAGAAGCUCAAGCUCCCAAAGCUUCGAUUCUAUGAACAUGCCAACUAUGAAGGGCGAUGCGUCCGUUGCGUGACCAUUGGCUACAACGAUUGCUAUACAUUAGACCCCAAGAGAUUUGAAGGGACCAACUGGGUUUCAUCCAUUUCUAUGAUCCAGGAGGACCCAAGAGAUGGCCCUACAACGGCCACUUUUUACACUAGCCCAGCUUGUGGAGGCGAGUGGUUCAGAUACUCAGAGAACUUGAAGGGCCUGACGACGAGCUGGGGUAGUCUUGGUUCAUACAAUGACCAAAUCCGAUCCUUCAAGAUCGCUAAUUUCUAUGUCGAACCCGGUACGGGGUCAAAUCAGCCCGAUGAUAGGCGCACUUUCGGGGAAUACUCGUGCCAUUGGGGGAAAUCUAACGAGUGCCAAAAACCAUAGGCCCAUAGUAACGGCAAGAGGCGAUAAAAAAGUCUAGAGUUCCUCUAAAAUAGGGAUGAGCCAUACUUAAUAAAUAGAUAGAAC